CUUACUCUUCACUUCAUCACUCUCAAAGCUUUAUUCAGUUGCUCCUUCUGUCGAUAGUUUCUCUGUGCCGAACGAGCUGGUGCGAAACGUUAUGGCCCCGAACGGGCAUUCGGACCUGGAGAAGCAGAGGCUGCUCCUGCACGACCACGAGGAGAAGCACUUCACGUCGAGUGAGGUCGUCCGUGACAUCAUCCUCGGCGUCUCUGACGGCCUCACCGUCCCCUUUGCCCUCGCCGCCGGCCUCUCCGGGGCUGACGUCCCAUCCUCCAUCAUCCUGAUUGCUGGCAUCGCUGAGGUCGUGGCUGGUUCGAUUUCCAUGGGACUUGGAGGGUAUCUGGCGGCGAAAAGCGAGACUGAUCACUACUAUAGAGAACUAAAGAGAGAACAAGAAGAGAUUAUCAGCGUGCCAGACAUAGAGGCCGCCGAGAUUGCCGAAAUAUUGGCACAAUAUGGGGUCGAGCCCCACGAGUACGAGCCCGUCGUGAAUGCCCUGAGGAGGAACCCCCAAGCAUGGCUUGAUUUCAUGAUGAAGUUUGAACUAGGACUAGAGAAGCCAAACCCCAUGAGAGCCCUGCAGAGCGCAGCGACCAUCGCCUUUUCCUACAUAGUUGGCGGAAUGGUGCCCCUAAUACCGUACAUGGCGAUCCCGAUCGCUGACAAGGCCGUGCUUGCCUCCGUCGGGAUCACGCUCAUUGCAUUGCUCAUCUUCGGCUUCGUUAAGGGCCACUUCACUGGCGACCGGCCGUUCCGGAGCGCCCUCCAGACUGCCCUCAUUGGCGCCGUCGCCUCUGCAGCCGCUUACUCCAUAGCCAAGCUCUUCAGAACUUGAUCCGCAUGUCCAAAACCGUCGCCCCACUUUUUCUUCUUCUCUCUCUCUCUUUCUCUUUUUUUUUUUUUUUUUUUUUUUUUUUUUUUUUUAAUGUUUACCUUUGCUUUUGUCAAAUGGAGGAUAUCUUGGCUCUUGUUUGCUUCCCCAUAUGACUUGGGUUUUCUCUUUCACUCUUUGUUUCAACCUUGGUUUGGAGGAGUUGAUGAUAUUCGAAUAUGUUUAAUCGCAAUGUCAAAAUGGUCCUUGGCUUCUGCUUUAUGUCUA